UAGAAAGAAGAAGACCCAUCCCUUUCUCUCCUCACUCCCUGAGAAACCUAACCCUGAACCAUCACUUAUCCCACUCCUCAUUGAAAUCCAAAACCCUACCAACCAUCACUUAUCCCAAUCAAUGCCAAUCCCCUUCUCCGGUAUCCAAACCAUCGCCAUCGCCGGUAUCGUCGCUUCAGCCGGGAAAGUUCCACCGGAUAUCGCGGGAUUCCGGCGAGGUUGUGCUGGAGUCGUGGCUUACCGACCGCCGAGGAAGGUGGCGAGGAUCGCUGCUCUUCCAGAGGCCAGCGGGAGCGGCAGCCCUCUCGCUUUGGUCAGGACCGUGGAGAGGACACCGCCAGUGAAGGCCUAUGCGUCGCCGGAGUCUUACCUGUUGCCGGGGUUUGGGAAAUUGACGGGGAAAGAGGUGAGCGGGAGCUGCAAGGAGUUGUCGCCACAGUGUUUUGGCGGCGGCGGAAGGAGGAGCGAGAAGGUAGACGAGGAGAAGGAGAAUGGCAUGUGGCAUGGCUUGUCUGGAAGGUUUCCUUCGGUUUCUUUGUUCAAGGAGUACCAAAAUGCAGCUAUGGCGUUGCUGUCUGAUUUACGAGAGAGAAUAGAAGGGAUACUAAGGAGCAUAGAAUUUGCAUGGAAAAGGAGGUUUUACGAGCAUCAUUCUGAACUAGCUGAUGGACUGGCCUAUGUAGCUGGUCAUGACGAAGAAUCCAGACCUGUUUUGAUUUUCCGGAUGAAACAAGACUAUACCAAGUUACAUUCUCAAAAACUGUUGACCCGUUUGCUAGUAUUCACAAUGGAGGUAGCAAUUUCAACAAUACCAAAAAACGUAGAAGAAUUUGUGAUGCUUUUCGACACAAGCUCUACAAAUAUCAGAAAUUGGCUUGGCUUCACAGGAUACCCUUUCAAUAUCCCUCAUUGCAUUGCUUGCCACACUAAACAAGUUCCUAGGAGGAAUGUCCAAAUAAGGAGAAAAUUUAUGACGAUACCUCAAAAUACUUGACCAUUUUCACACUGAGAUCAAGGGAAUUGCCUUAUGAGUAUUGGGCAGUUGCUUAACCGUGUUCGAUGUGUUAUGUCUAGUCAGUUCUCUAUCAUUUAACUGUUUGGUUUCGAAGUCUAAAGUUCAAAUUGUAUUUCUUAAGCGCAUUUCUUUGAUUCUUUGCAGUACUAUCUCAACUGAUCUGGAUGGAGCGCCCUUUGGGUAAACAUUUCCUACUUUUAUCCAGCUGAAUUCAGGAAAAUUGCUUUUUACCAAGUGAUAUUGAAAAAGCUGAGAUUGUCGAUUUCUUGGAAAAGAAUAGUUGUUAUUUCAUCUUUGCACAACUGCAUACUAUUUGUUGUAUGAGGCCAAUGAAAAGGAAAUGGCAAAAUAAAUGCUAAUCUCAAUUGCUAUUUGCUAUAUUUCUUCUGCCUUCAGUUUGACCAACCUUCUAAAUUAUCUAUUCCUUCGAAACGUAUAUUUCUGUUAAGGAAUAAUUUGUACAACUACUUUUUUUUUGGGCUUGUUAAGAUUAUCCUUGAGAGGGGGUGUUUGAAUAAAGGAUACCAAAUCCUCUUUGUAUGCAAUUAAGGAAAAUAUCAAAGUUGUAUAAAUUAUUAAGAGUAACGCAUUCCCCCUUAAGGUA